UUGCUGUGCAACAAACAGUCUAGACUAUAUUUUAUUUUUUUAGGAAUAAAAAUUUAAGUGAAGCGCUAAAGCAAUCAAUAAUAAUGAGUUGUGCACAUUUUCCCAUUCUUUUACCAGGUUAUUUUAUGCAAAAUUAUUUCUUGGACAUCAUUUGAAAUGUUAAGUAAUUCCAUCUUCUGUCAAGGUCAAUUUUUCGAUAACAUAAACUUGAGGAAUGAUAUCACGAAUUAUGCACAUUUUUUAGACAAGAUCUGGAACUAGUCUAACAUACCGCCAGACGGUAAAGUAUGUUGUCUGCGAAAUCCGGUUCGACUUCCGCGCUGGCAGCGUGCCGGCUGGUUUCGGUCAGCACGCUCGAAAAUUUACUUCAAAAAACCUGUUUGAAUGUUUACCGAUUGAAAACCCAUUCGCAGCAUCACCAACACCGGCACAACAACGCCUGAGAGUUGUGGUGAAACAGCUGAGUUAUAGUACCGGUUUUUGGUGGGGUUUCUACCAACCCGUUUCACUCACAUAGUUGUCAUUUCGUGCGCUGAAGAUGCUGUUCUUUCUAUCAUUGGUAGCAGUUCCAUUGCGAAGGUGGUAAGCGUUGCUUGUUUACGAUGCACGGUUCAGUGUGAAGAGACUCUUGGCAAGAAAAGAGCUUUUGCGCUGUGUGCGAAAUAUCGUCGCACCAAACUUGUUUUCUAAGCGAAGCGCAACAGAACCAUGGUUGUGUCGGUAUUUGGAAGGCAAUAAAGAUUGUUUGUGAUCAGGUUGAUUGUGGUAGCAGCGCACGAAACAAACAAAAGCUCCAAGCCAACGUUUUCACCAGUGCUUUACUAAAAUGGAAAGCGGUGAUGUAAGCGUAAUGUCGCACGUGGGGCGAAUUUGGAGCAAAGUGAAACACUUCAUCACCAUCGAACCCGUGAUCGUUUUCUACAUUUUCGGUGUCGUUUCCGGUACAGCGCUCAAAGUGUUUGAGUACGAAAAGGCCUGCGUUACCAAGCUCGGUGCCGACUUGCGGGUAUGUGAGUAUUUCGUUGAACUGGAAGAUGACGAUAUCUGUUCCGAACCAGACGACACCAACCGCACGAUUGCCGGGGUGGAGAAUUUUACCGAAUUUCGCAGCUUAGUUUGUGAAGCGCAGCAACUGUCCACGAAUGAGGUGGUUUUUUUGAACUCGUACCGUAGCAUUAUAUUUGGUAUUAUACAAGUCGUAGUGCUGCUUUUCGCUGGCAGUUGGAGUGAUCGUGUGGGGUUGAGGAAACCAUGCAUUCUCGUGCCGAUCGCAGCAGACAUCGUGGCAUUUAGCAUAUACAUUCUGAGUGCGAUAUUCAUGCGCGAAAUACCACUGGAGGUAGCGGGUAUUGUACCAAACCUAAUCAUUUCAUUGAGCGGUGGAGUGCCAUUGGUCAUCACUGGUAUCUACAGCUACCUAACAGUAUGCACAGAUGAGAAAGAUCGUACAUUUCGGUUCGCUUGUACCGCAGUUGUAUACGCCACCAUACCGAUCGUGGCCAAUUUCUUCAGCGGACAUUUAUUUAAGUAUUUCGGGUUUAUUAAGUUGUGUGUACUUUGCAUUGUCACUGACACCAUUGGUCUGUUGUACGGAUUGUUCAUAUUAAAAGAACCAGCCGACCUAGAACCUACCGUUGACAAUCAAACAAAGGAAGGAGAUGAAAAACUAUCCAAACCAACGCUGCGUCAGCUGUUUGACAUUGGUCUUGUAGUGGAUUGUGUGAAAGUUUUUCUCAAGAAACGUGACUUCAAUUGUCGAAAUAUCCUUUAUCUGACUGUGCUGGCAUACUUCAUUAACUACGGUGCUCUCGGAGACGGUGAAUCGGCCGCCAUUCUAGCGUAUGUAAAUUUCAAUUGGAUAACCAACCUGGGCACCUGGAUAUCAUAUGAUCUUCUGACGACUAUGUUGGGAACACUACUGGCUAUGGGCGUCCUAAGCAAACGGUUCGGUGUUUCCGAUGCGAUGAUAUGUGUAUUUUCCGUGUGCUUCUCAUUGGUGGGAAAACCGAUCAUGGCCGUUGCCGUUGCGACUGUGAAACCGUACCUCUACUACGUCGCCACCUCAAUCGAUGUGUUCGAAGGUAGCAAAAUGAUCGCAAUCCGGAGCUUGGUAUCCAAGCUGGUGGGACAGGAUGAGAUUGGAAAAAUGCUGUCCAUACUGGGUAUUGUGGACUCUGCUCAGGUCGCCAUCUAUCCGACCAUCUACAGUACGGUUUAUCUUGAGAGCCAAUCGGUCUUCGUUGGCAGUGUGUUCCUACUAAGCGAAGCAUUCCUGUUGGUAUCCUUGGGUAUUUACAUAGCACUGUACCUGAUGUCACGACGAUCGGAAAAUGAUAAAAACAAAGCACAAUCAUCCGCCAAGCAGGGAAUCGAUAAUCCGGCAGUGGAUAUUACUGCACUAUGAUGACUUUAUCUGCAAGCCUAAUAUCGUUCAGCGAAUAAGACUCGCAAGGCUUCUGUGCGCUGGGCAUGUCAUUAGAAUGGUACCGGACGACCUAACCCGUAAAGUCGUUGUAGAUGAGAUGGAUGAACAUAGCCAGAGUAGCUGUGGUAAGUGGCGAUGGAUUGGCGAACGGCGGUGCUCUAACUUGAGCAUGAAAAUAUCAUUAAAUGUAACAAUUUGGCUGGGUAUAAUCGUUUGGGAACAUUAAAUUUGUAUAUAUUGAAAGUUUUUUGUGUACAUGAAAUAAGUGUUUAUAUAAGUGUGACGGAAAAAAAUAAAUAAGUGAGAUAAAAAAGAUAUUUUUCAAUAUUUUCGUUACGAAAGCAUCGAUCAUCGCCAUAUGGAGCAGAUUACGUUGUACAAAGAUCACAGAAAAAACACUAGUUCUUGUUGUUAUUAAACAUGUUUCGUGAUGGUUUUUUGUCCUUUCUAUAAUCUGUUUUCCAAAAAAAAAAAAAAUUGCUGGUAAACAUUUUCCUAACCAAAAACAACUUUAUCUGAAAUUCCUACAUGUUUUGGGAGUUGGAACGAAAUCUCAUCUCGAGGUACCCCUAUAUUUGUAUCAGUUUUAUCAUGCUUUUACAGUCACUGUUUUUGAGUGUUCUGAUUUUGGAAUUCUUAUUCUUAGGUAGCACGUUAAUACGUUUUAUUUUAGGAUAUUUAAUUUUAAAUUUUAUUUGCAAUGGUCUAUUUUUACUGCUUUUCUAUUCUAUCACUCGUGAAUUGUUACAUGGUUGAUCUUAGUUUAUUAUGUGUGAGUUUACUACUAUUUCGUUAUACUUUUUACUUUACUAUGUCCGAUUAGUAUGGUAUUGGCGAUCAAAUAAAUGGCGAUCUUCGCUCAUACGUCCAAAGACACAGUUUGUGCUCUCAGAUCGAGUGAUCUACGAUUGGAGAAAGCUUGCAUUUUAUAAUUGACACAUUGUCUACGGUAGAUUAAUGGUAUAAAGUCAAUG